AUGGCAAAAGACACGGCGGUUGCCUCGACCAAGAAGUCCUCGAAUGACAAGCACUCCAAAGACACCAACGAAACCCACGAUGACCAACCCAUGACCGAUGUCAAAUCCAAAUCUAAGGACAAAAAAAAGCGCAAGAAGUCCAGUGAAGACGACGAGUCAACCAAGAAGAAGAAACGCCGCCACGACUCCGACUCCGACACCACAGAAAAGAAAAAGAAGAAGCGCGUCUCCUUCGGACCGGGCACCAAGAUCGAAGACGGUUCCGGCGAUGAAACCAGCGAGACGAUCACAGGUGAGGAGGAAGCUGAGGCUGAGCCCACUGAGACCAAAUCCGACGAGGCGGCCGAGGCCGAAGCCGCGCUGGAGGAAAUGAGAAAGCGCAAGCGCGAGAAGAAGAAGGAGCGCAAGACUGGAGCUGCACCUUCUACUGCGCAGAUUCACGAGACCCCUAUCCUCUCGUAUCUGAACCGGUACUACAAGGACCGGGAAUCAUGGAAGUUCCAGAAGAACCGGGAGACGAAUAUCUUCAAGCAUAUGUACUCUCUGGAGCAUGUUCCUGCUCCGUUCAACGCUGCGCUGUUGGCAUACAUGCAGGGAUUGAAGGGAGACAUGGCGAAGAUGCGAUUGAGUCAAGGUGCGGCUACGGUUCUGAAAGCCGAUACAGAGCAAGCCGCGGACGCCGACUUCGAAAAGGCAAUUGAAGAGUUCCGAUCGACUUUGUUGAAGGGUGGAGAUGUUAAUGAGACUGAAGACGUGAGCGGUGAUGUUCAGAAGCGUCUUCAGAGGAGGCAGCGCGCGGAGCUGGUCUUCUUCGCUGUUACGGGGAAGCUGUUCACCAAUGAGGAGAUGAAGGAGCAGCAGAGGGCUGCUGCUAAGGAGCGGGCUAAGGAGGCCGCGAAGCUGAAGAAGAGAAAGAACAGAACUGCUAUUGUCAUUAGCAGCAGUGAAAGUGAGGAUACUAGUGAUGAUGACAGUGGCAGCUCGGACGAUGAGGAGAAGAAGACGCCUGUUGCUAAGGCUAAGUCUGUGGCGAAGCCUACUCCGGCUGAUGCUAGCGAUGCGACGAGCAGCAGCGGCAGCAGUGACUCCUCAAGCAGUGACAGUGAUGGUGACGACGAGGCUCCCGCUCCUAAGAAACCAGCCGCGAAGGCUACAAAGGCCCCUAAAGCCAAGAAAGUGAAGCCCGCUAAACCCGCCAAGGUUGAGGAAGUUGAGCCGUCGAAGAACAAGAAGAAGCAGAAGCGAAAGCAACGUACUGUUAACAUUGAGAUCUCGAGCAGCGAGAGUGAUAGCGAUUAA